AUGCGGCUCACUGUCGACCUCAUUCUCCAGUCCCACCAAUAUAUCAACCCCGCGCGCGACUGGACUCUCUGUCUGCGAGGAAACAAGAUUCCGAUGAUCGAGAACCUGGGUGCGACACAAGACCAUUUCGAGUGCAUCGACCUGACGGACAACGAGCUCCUGAAGCUCGAAAACUUCCCCCCUCUCCCACGACUGAGAAGCCUGAUCGUUUGCAACAACAGAAUCUCGCGCAUCGACCCUGAGGCGAUCGCGAGCCUUCCAGGUCUCACUUCCCUCAUUCUCACAAACAACAAGAUCGAUGUCCUCUCGGAUCUCCUUCCUCUCUUUCAAGCCAAGCAGCUCGAGCGGCUUUCGCUCGUGGAUAAUGGCGUCCGCGAGCGCGCGUACUACCGCCUGUUUGUAAUUUUCAACCUUCCCAAGCUGAGGUUCCUCGACUACAAGCGCGUGACGCAGCUCGAGCGGGAGCAGGCACACAACACCUUCAAGGGAGAGAAGGGAGCGAAGCUCGCCCAACAAAUCGCACCGUCUCGCAAGGGCCACGCCGCCUUGGGUGCGCGGCCGCUGAGCGCCUCAGCAGAUGAGAGCAAAUCGGCGAAGGACACUUCGACAGAGCAUAUUGAGAGGAUCAAGCUCGCGAUUGCGAAGGCGACCACGAUGGAGGAAAUCCUUCGCUUGGAGACUGCUCUCAGGGCGGGCUACAUCCCAGAUGAUCUUCUGACCGAAGAGGAGAGAAAGCAAAACAACAAACGCGCAAACGAGACAGGAGAGGAGGAAGCGCGGAAGAAAUGA